UGAUGGUAGGAAACAACGUCAAAGGGCGUCGUUUCCCACCAAUCUAUCAGUUUCAGCUCCACCCUCGAAACGUAAGCUUCAGAAAUCUGGGGUUCUACCCAGUAUCAGAAAUCUGGGGUUCUACCCAGUAUGGCGGCUGCUGCUACCUCCAUGGAAGUCUGAGUCGUUUUUUCCUCCAUGGAUGGCAUGGAUUCGAGCUCUAAAGGUGGCGUUGAGGAGAUGGAACCCUUGGAUUCGACUAGAAUAAAUGGCGGGAGCAUUGCGGAGAGGAGAGCCGCCAAGUUUGGCUUUGAUGCUUCCAUAAUCAAAACGCCGCGUUUCAGGUGUUGCAGACUCUUGGCGUCGCCGGCGGCUCGGUCGCCGCCCCUCAUUAUACCUCCGGGCAUCAGUCCCACCGUCUUGCUCGAUUCUCCGAUCAUGCUCCCCAACACUCAGGCACAACUGUCUCCUACAACUGGAACUUUUCAAGUGCCUUCUCUCAUUCAUGAAGGUUCAGUAAAUUCAGUGGCUCCUACUGUAGAUGGUGAUCAGGCCAAUAACUUCAGUGCCUCCGGCAAGUUCAAAUCACAUGCAAAUCCCAUCUCUUUGCCAUGCUUUUCUAGUAUAGAAAUUCAGGUUUCUUCCCCUUCCGAUCUUGCUCAAAGUUUUGGGGCUGAAGUUCACUAUCAAACUUGUGCUCCAACACGUUCACCAAUGGGUUUCGAAUUUGCCACAGAAUUCUCUACAGAAGCUUCUGCUAAAAACUAUGUGUGUGAUUCUGCCACUGAUGUAAAAGUUUCAAACACUAUGAUUUCUGAUAUACCUAGUGAUCACAUGUCUCAGCACAAGGAUCCUAUCCACAGUGAGAAUGUAGGGAUGCAUCACAUUCCAGAAGAACAGAAAGGCACAUACCCUUCCAUGGGAAUGGGAAGAACUUCAGAAGAUGGAUACAAUUGGAGAAAAUAUGGGCAAAAAAGUAUGAAAGGUAGUGAAUAUACAAGGAGCUAUUAUAAAUGUACUCAUCUAGAUUGUCCGAUGAGAAAAAAGGUACAACAAUCACAUGAUGGUCAAAUAACAGAAAUUAUCUAUAAGGGUGGUCAUAACCACCCAAAACCACUGCCUAGUCGUCGAUCAGCUCUUGGAUCCACACUUCCAUUUAAUGAGAUGUCAGGUUUGGGGGAAGGUGGUGGAUCUAGUGUCAGAGUUGAAGGUGGCUCAAUUUGGAGAAACGUUCAACCAGGAUCUAAGAAUGAUAGAGCUGGUUCUGAUUGGAGGGCCAAUGGUUUGGAGAGGACAUCCUCAACAUCUGCUGUAAGUGCGCUCUCCAACUCCUUAUCAAACACAGGAGGAAUAUCCAUGGGUAUAUUUGAAUCAGCAGGAACCCCAGAUCUUUCCUUAACAGUUGCUAGUCAAGAUGAUGGUGAAGAUGGGGCUACUCAAGGAAGCAUAUCACUUGGAGAUGAUGCUGAUGAUGAAGGUUCUCAGUCAAAAAAAAGGAAGAAAGAGAAUUGUAUGACUGAAAAAAAUUUGGCAUCCAGGACUGUACGUGAACCAAGGGUUGUUGUCCAAGUAGAGUGUGAAUCGGACGUCCUUAAUGAUGGAUAUCGCUGGCGAAAGUAUGGACAAAAAGUCGUCAAAGGCAAUCUGAAUCCUAGGAAUUACUACAAGUGCACAAGCACUGGAUGCUCAGUGAGGAGGCAUGUGGAAAGAGCUUCCAACAAUCAGAAAUCCAUAAUUGCGACAUAUGAAGGAAAACACAAUCAUGAAGUGCCUGCAGCCAGAAACAGCAGUCAUGUGAAUUCAAGUGGUGGAAAUUUGCCUUCAGCUGCUCCUGGUGCUCAAUCAGCACUGGCUUUGCACAGGAAUGCUAAUGUCCCAAGGCCAGAAGCACUACUUCAAGAUCUUGUCCCCCGCUUUGACAUAAAACCUGAAUUCAGCAAUCAGUAUAUAAGGCACAGUUUGCUUGGGAACUUUGCUAAUGAUAUGAAAUUUGGUCCUUCCUCCCUUUAUUCAAUGCAGUUCCCUCCCCUGCAAAAUACCAUGCUUUAUGCUCCUUUUGGACUGGAUUCUAAUAAUGCUGAUCCCCACCAACCUGGUUCAGUUGCUCCAGUAGCCCCAGAUUUCCCAAUUUCAUUGCCAUUGAAUCUCCCCCCACCUGCAAAUCUGGGUCUGCCUGGCUUUGACUUCAACAGUCAUGGAAACCCGAUUGGUCAAGUUCAGCCAUAUUUCGUGGGGCAGCAGCUUCAGGAGAAUGAUAUGAGGUUCUUCCAUCCUAAAGAGGAGCAGAAGGAUGACAUUGGUGAUGCAAAUACAUCAUGUUCAUCAUCAACAAUAUAUCACUAGAUCAUGGGAAAUUUUCCACCUUAAAAUUCUUUUCUUUUGCAUCUAAGUCAUAAUGGGAGCAAACUCUGCUACUCUGCAAUUUGGUUCUUUUAUGAUCAAUUGGUAUCUUUUUCUCUUCUUUUCCCUUGUUUGCUUGUUCUUUUCAAAUUUAAAGCAUUUUAAGAAUUUCCCACACACUGCACACUGGCAUCUGUAACAAACUAGACUUUCCUAGUUCUCACAUUUAUCAGAUAGUUCUUUCUUUCAUAGACAUUGGUAGCUUAAAAUGGUAGCAGAGCUCUUGUUGGUUAACUAAAGAUUUCAAGGCCAAGCCUUGUCUACAGCUACUGCUUAUUCUCGAUAUGCAUAAGUUCAUGGCUGAUAUAUUGUAGGCUCAUUAUCCAAAUAGCUCAAGCUUUUAUGCAAGUUGGUAGCUUAACAAACUCUAAUUAGCAUUUGAUUCUGUUUUAGAGGUAUGAAUGCUGCUGAACUCUGAGUUUUCUGAUUUUGAAUGUCUGAAACUACUAAUUUCUUCUGUGAUGCUCUGUACCGCUCUGCAGGGUCACCCUUCUGUGUUGGUCUUCAACCAUGAGCAGCUUGCAUUCUUAUAGUAGCAGAAUGGCAAGAAAAAAGCGCUUAGGAUCCGUCUCCUGUGUUGGCCUUCAACAUGAGCAGCUUGCAUUCUUAUAGUUGUAGAAUGGCAAGAAAAGAGAACCCCUCUAAGUCAGCCUACUUGAGAUUUCAACAAGGUGCAAAAAAAAUUUGUGAUGUGCAGUGCUUAGGAUCCCUCUCUUCUGUGUUGGCCUUCAACCAUGGGCAGCUUGCAUUCUUAUAGUUUCAGAAUGGCAAGAAAAAAGGACCCUUCUAAGUCAGCCUACUCUAGACUUCAACCAUGAGCAACUUGCAUUCUGAUAGUUGCAGAAUGGAAAGAAAAAAGGACCCUCUAACUCAGUCUACUCGAGAUUUCAACAAGUUGCAAAAAUUUCUGUGAUAUGCGGUGCUUAAGACCCCUCUAAGCCAGCCUACUCGAGAUUUCAACGAGGUGCAAGCAGUAUCCAGAAUGAGAACCAGCUUAAGAAUGGAGGAGUGCAUUUUCAGUUCUCUUCAGUUUUUUUAGCUGCAUUCAUGUUGGAGAUUUUGAAUUCAUAUUCACUACUUUUGGUAUCAUAAAUUAUAUUUAUAUUCUUCUUUCUUAUACA